AACCUACACACACACACACACACACACACACACACACACACAUUGCCAACUGUAUAUUUCACUUUCAUUUCUUCACAGUGAGAAACUCACAUUAGACUGUGGAUGCGUCGGUUUGAUCCAGGAACGCGCCUGGUGACGGGAGGCGUGACAGCCCCUGCCGGGUCAUAUGAGCGUCAUCCGCAGCUGCGGGGCCAGAGAGCAGCGGCAGGGACACCGCAGCGCCAUGUCACCGGCUAUCAGCAGCGGCCCAUCGGGGAAAACGGGAGGAAUUUAACCGCUAGAAUCCAGCACCGAUUGGCACAUCGACAGGCAGCUGAAGUGAUCGGCGUGCAGACGCAAGGGUCAAACUGCUUCCUUCAUCGUUCGGCCGUCCCGUGCGGUCUCCCUGCUCAGAGUAGUCAGUCCAAAGCACCAGGCUUCAUGAUGUCCAAAUCCGCUCUCUUAAAGGUGAUCCUUCUGGGGGACGGUGGCGUGGGCAAAUCGUCACUCAUGAACCGAUACGUCACCAACAAGUUCGACUCGCACCUCUUCCACACCAUAGGCGUGGAGUUCCUGAACAAAGAGCUGGAGGUGGACGGGCGCCGCGUCACCCUGCAGAUCUGGGACACGGCGGGUCAGGAGCGUUUCCGCAGCCUCCGCACGCCGUUCUACCGCGGCUCCGACUGCUGCCUGCUCACCUUCAGCCUGGACGACGGACAGAGUUUCCAAAACCUGGCGAACUGGAAGAAGGAGUUUACUUACUAUGCUGACAUAAAGGACCCCGACAGCUUCCCCUUUGUGGUGCUGGGAAACAAACUGGAUAUCCCUGAGCGUCAGGUGUCUGGGGAGGACGCUCGAAAGUGGUGUCGCGAAAACGGCGGACACCCGUACUUUGAGACGAGCGCCAAGGAUGCUACGAAUGUAGCGUCGGCCUUUGAGGAGGCAGUGCGUCGCAUUCAGAUGACAGAUGACAGAGAUGGUCACCUCAUCAGCACUGACACCAACACGGUGGACUUGCAGAGGAAGAGUCAGGCUCAGAACAGCUGCUGCUGAGCUCAGCCUUCAGUGUGUGACAGGAAGUGAGCGAGCAGGAGAUCAUGUGAUACUCCUGCAGAGGGCACACAGGGAGUGUGUUUUCUGCAGAAAAUGGGAACUGGCGGUGGCUCAGCAGCUCCACAACGCAGCCUGUGACGUCCUCGGCUGGAGUCUUGAUGCAAAUCAACAGUUUUGUGCAGUUAUUCAUGAUUUCUACACAUUAUGAUGUCGGUUACAUUUAGUCCCUCACAGAAACAAAUUGAAUCAUUAACAUUUCUCAUUUGGAUGUUUCGAUUUAUAAAUUGUGAAUAACUCAAAUGGGGUUUUCAAUUUAUUAAAAAAAACAAAGAAAACAAGCUAAAUUGUGUCACGUCUAAACCACUAAACACAGGAUUUCCACCAGUUGGUGUUUCAGACUCGCUGAUGGUUUUUAUGUCACUGAUGGAGCUGCGUCUGGAAGCCACAGAAAGUCCUCUACGAUUGUUUUUGCACACCGAAGCAGACACUGUGCUCAAUAUGAAGGAGUAAAACCUAAGCUACAAAAUGGCUUUUACAGCAGUUUAAUACUAAUUAUCCUUAAACAGACCUGCGAGUCAGAUGCAUACCUCUCAGAAAACAACCUAAAUUUAAAGCUAGUAAUGUUUUUGCUUCAGAAACACACGACACACCUUCUUUUCCAUCUAUAUAAACACAUAAAUGGAUGUAAACUAAAUGAUAUUAUUUUCUAUUUUGGCAGCAUAAUAAUGUCAAACCAGAUAUUUUCAAAAUGUUGCUAGCUGGAGUUAAUGUUUUGUGUUUAUUAGUAUUUAUUCAUCAGCUAUUGUAAUGCUUAAAUUA